AUGUUCACUACAAGACUUUUGGCGAGGACUUUACCUCGAUAUACUAGACUCUCCAUGGCUACGAAGGCAAUGUCUACUGGAGUUGGCCUCUCUGACUUCCCUGAUCUUUUGAAAGUUAAUUAUCAUGAGGAAUUCGACCAAGGAUUAACUGAGGCGGAGAAGGCAAAAAUGAAAAGAAUUGAUAUCUAUAGAUCUAACCCUAGUGACCCUGAAGAUAUUCCUAAAUACGUAUCGUAUUAUAUUAACAGAGAUGAAUGCGGCCCAAUGUUCUUAGAUGCUCUCAUCAAAGUUAAGGAUGAAAUUGAUCCAACCCUUUCCUUUAGAAGGUCAUGUAGGGAAGGAAUCUGUGGAUCAUGCGCUAUGAACAUGGAUGGAAGGCAUCACCUGGCCUGCUUGUGCUCCCUACCUGAUAAUAAUGAAAAGAGCGUAAUCUCCCCACUCAUGGGAAUGUUUGUGCUCAAAGAUUUAGUUGUUGACAUGACUCAUUUCUAUGCACAAUACAAAUCAAUCGAUCCGUAUUUAAAGAGAAAAACUCCUAAAAAGGAAGGUGAAAAAGAAUAUUUCCAAAGUAUUGAAGAUAGAAAGAAACUAGAUGGGUUGUACGAAUGUGUACUUUGUGCUUGCUGUACCACUUCAUGCCCAAGCUACUGGUGGCAUCCACAAGAAUACCUUGGCCCUGCUGUCUUAAUGCAAGCUUAUAGAUGGGUAAUUGAUUCUAGAGAUGAAUACACCGAGGAAAGACUUGAAGCUAUCGGUGGUGAUAUGAAGCUUGAUGAAUGUUACCAAAUCGGUAUUUGCUCCCUCGCCUGUCCAAAGCACCUCAAUCCAAGAGAAGCUCUUUCUAAUCUAAAGGACUUGUAUCUUGAACACAAGGAAAAGAAGGAAGCCGAGGAAGGUUUCUAA